GCCCGAGCAGUCACUGAAGCACCACUGUCCUUCCUUGUCCCCCGAAGCCUCUUCCUUCUUUGCCCCUUUGUCCUGUUGAUUAUCUUGUCCCUUCCUCACUGCCUGGUACUUUGCUGCUCUGCAGUGUAGUGUGGAUAAGGGACCAAACAUGAGCUGCUCCUGUAGUCUGUGGUCACAGCAGCAGUCUGCUGAGUGCUGUCCUGUCAGCUCAAGUGAGAUGGUGGGUUCAAGAGUGCUGUGGUUGUAGACAAAGGCAUUAAUUCCAUAGUGGAUUUUGAAGUAGAAUUAGAUGUGGGUGGUGUCAUGGGUAGAAUCCAUGGUCAUCUUUGGUAUUAUUACAUUAAAGCAAGUGGAUUGGACCCCUGUUACUGUUGCAGGGAGCAGGACAGCAGGAGAAAUAGGCAGAAUUCUUUUACAGGGGCACAGAUUAUCACAGAAAUGUAGUUUUGAUUACACUUCCCUUCUUUUUUUUUUCAGGUCAACUCUCAUCUUUGUUCUUCAUGUACUACAGGCUAUUUUCUGUAGUUAACUCAGAAGCCAUGUAGACUUGCCUGCCCUUUGAAGACAUACUUUUUAAGACUUCUAGGAAGAUAAGCUGCACUGUUGAAAGUUUUUACAGAAUAUAAUCGUGUGUGUUGUGACAGAAAGAGAAAUGGAAGUAUUCCAGGAACUCCGUAAACCGUCCUCACGUUUGGAGUGUGACCACUGCAGUUUCCGAGGCACGGAUUAUGAAAACGUGCAAAUCCACAUGGGCACCAUCCAUCCAGAAUUUUGUGAUGAAAUGGAUGCUGGUGGGUUAGGUAAAAUGAUAUUUUACCAGAAAAGUGCAAAGCUAUUCCACUGCCAUAAGUGCUUCUUCACCAGUAAGAUGUACUCUAAUGUGUACUAUCACAUCACAUCCAAACAUGCAGGCCCAGAGAAGUGGAAUGAGAAACCAAAAAAUCAGCUAAGCAAAGAAACAGAUCCUGGGAAAAGCCCUCCUCUUCCUGAACACCAGAAAAUACCCUCUAAUUCAGCAGAACUCCCAAAACCCAUACCUGCCCUUUCUCUAGAAACACAGAAACUUGGCCCAAUUUUGUCUCCAGAAUCACCAAAACCUACACCUCUCACUUCCCUGGAGCCUCAGAAGCCUGGCCCUGUUGUUUCUCCUGAGCCACAGACACCUUCUCUUCCUUCUCCUGAGCCUCCAAAAUCUGCCUCUAUUUCUUCUCCUGAACUUCCAAAACCAGUCCCUAUUGUUUCUGAGUCUCAGAAACCAGUCCCUAUUCCUUCUCCAGAACCACAGAAACUUGCCCCUAUAUCUCCUGAGCCAGUAAAGGCCACUCUUAUUAAUCCUAAACCCCAGAAACACUCCCAUUUCCCAGAAACAUUGGGGCCACCUUCAGGCUCAUCUCCAGAGUCACCAGUUUUGGCUGCUUCCCCUGAACCUUGGGGUCCAUCCCCAACUGCAUCUCCAGAGUCUCGGAAACCAGCCCGGACUAUCUCCCCUGAGCCAAGGAAGCCAUCCCCAUCGGAGUCUCCUGAACCUUGGAAGCCAUUCCCUGCUGUCUCCCCAGAGCCCAGAAGACCAGCCCCAGCUGUGUCACCAGGUUCUUGGAAGCCAGGGCCACCUGGGUCCCCAAGGUCUUGGAAAUCCAGUCCUUCGGCGUCAUCGGGACCUUGGAAGCCAGCUAAACCUGCUCCAUCUGUGUCUCCCGGUCCUUGGAAGCCAAUUCCUUCUAUCUCACCUGGGCCAUGGAAACCAGCUUCCUCUGUGUCCCCCGCAUCCUGGAAGUCAUCGUCGGUCUCACCUGGUUCCUGGAAGUCUCCCCCUGCAUCUCCUGAGUCGUGGAAGUCUGGCCCGCCAGAACUCCGAAAGACAACUCCCACCUUGUCACCUGAACAUUGGAAGACAGUUCCCUCAGUGUCCCCUGAGCUUCGUAAAGCAGGACCUCCCUUGUCUCCUGAGCUUCGCAAACCAGGCCCACCAUUGUCCCCAGAGAUCCGCAGUCCAGCGGGAUCUCCAGAGCUCAGAAAACCUUCAGGGUCUCCAGAGCUUUGGAAGCUUUCUCCUGAUCAGCGAAAAACUUCCCCUGCUUCACUUGAUUUUCCCGAGUCCCAGAAAAGUUCCCGUGGUGGUUCCCCUGAUCUCUGGAAGUCUUCCUUUUUUAUUGAACCUCGGAAACCUUCUGGACCAUCUGAGUCCCCUAAGGCAGCCUCCGAUAUCUGGAAGCCUGUUCUCUCUCUUGAUACCGAACCUAGGAAACCUGCCCUGUUUUCUGAGCCCACCAAAACAGCCCCUCCAGCUUCUCCUGAACCACGAAAACGUGCUCUUUUUCCAGAGCCCCGGAAACAUGCCCUUUUCCCUGAACUUCCCAAAUCUGCUAUCUUCUCAGAAUCUCAGAAAGCAGUUGAGCUUGGUGAUGAACUACAGACAGAUGCCAUAGAUGAUCAAAAGUGUGAUAUUUUGGUUCAGGAAGAACUACUAGCUACACCUAAGAAACUCUUAGAAGACACUUUAUUUCCUUCCUCAAAGAAGCUCAAGAAAGACAACCAAGAGAACUCCGAUGCUGAGCUUAGUAGCAGUGAGUAUAUAAAAGCAGAUUUAGAUGUGAUAGACAGCAAGGGCCAAGAAUCAAGCAGUGAUCAAGAGCAGGUUGAUGUAGAAUCUAUUGAUUUUAGUAAAGAGAACAAAAUGGACGUGACUAGUCCAGAGCAGUCCAAAAAUGUGUUACAAUUUACUGAAGAGAAAGAGGCCUUUAUCUCUGAGGAAGAGAUUGCAAAGUAUAUGAAGCGUGGAAAAGGAAAGUAUUAUUGCAAAAUUUGUUGCUGUCGAGCUAUGAAAAAAGGUGCGGUUUUGCAUCAUUUGGUUAAUAAGCAUAAUGUUCAUAGCCCUUACAAAUGUACAAUUUGUGGAAAGGCUUUUCUUUUGGAAUCUCUCCUUAAAAAUCAUGUAGCAGCCCAUGGGCAGAGUUUACUUAAGUGUCCACGUUGUAAUUUUGAAUCAAAUUUCCCAAGAGGCUUUAAGAAACAUUUAACUCACUGUCAAAGCCGGCAUAAUGAGGAAGCAAAUAAAAAGCUCAUGGAAGCUCUUGAACAGCCCCUGGAGGAGCAGCACAUUUGAUUUUUACACAUGGUGUGGAUAUAUGAUCUACAAAGUUGUUUGUUGAAACUGUGUAAAGCAGAGUUAAAUAGUGUAAGUGGGUCAGUAGAUGUUGAUGUGUAUGGUGUACUGUGUUCAGUUGUCUCAGUAGUGUUACAAAGAAUAAUUCGCAUUUGGUUCUUUUUUUCAUGGUCUCUGUUUAUGUGGCUAUCUUGUAAGUCAAUAAAUUCAUAACUAUAUUCCAGAUGGGUAAAAUUUCUCUGAUUUCUUUUAAAAAUAUUUGAAUAAUAUGAAGAUGUAGGUGGUCCACUUAUCAAGAGCAAGUUGUACUCAAUUUAAAACAUCUAGUCAAAGUGUAUCUUUUUUUUGUGAAACUAACUUCAGACAAUGGAAAUUAAUAGUUGGAAUGUUUAAGAAUUAGGCAUGAAAAAUUUGAGAAAUUUUUUUCUCUUUCCUUAAAUGUAUUUUCAGAUCAUAAAAGGUAUUUUGAAGUUCCUAUUUGGUCAUAUACAGUUAGUUUAUUACAAAUCUUGAGCAGCUCUAGAUGUUUAUUAGCUUUUAUGUCAUGGAAAAUUGGAGUCUCAGGGUUGCUGAUUUUCUGCUAAAUAGAUGUUGAGUAAGUUUUAAAAGGUUUGCAGCCUUCUCUAGGAAACUGGGAAAGAUGAGUGUGACUUAGGUCUUAUCUUUAGCUGUUUCCUUCUGAGUCUUCCAUUCUGCACCGCCUUCCCCACCCCACCCCCAGUUCUGUCUCUUCUCUUCUCUGUGAGCUCACACCAAUAGAUGAUCCUUGACUGCCAAAUGUGUCAGAACUGUACUUCCUGCUCCCUGGGCCUCACACGCCACCUAGGGGGUUCAGACCUGGUAAUGAGUAGGAACUGAGAGUCUUCCAGAUUCACGGUAGAAAAUUUUGUAAGUAGACAUUUGUGUUUGAGAGACGUCAAUUGUAUGUUUUCCACAGUUGUCACUGUAAAUACCUUGUGCCUGUUCGUGGAUUAUUUUGUUCUGAAAUAUUUUGUCAAAUGUGUAUCAACCAAAUUAAAAACAGAGGCUUUCAUGUCAGUAGCA